AUGCUCAUGGCCAUGAGCGUUUCACACAUGCGCAGCCGGUCCCCCCCGCCCGCGCGAUCAUUUCUGUUGUGGCUAGAUACAGGAGCGCACCGGAUGAGGGCAAAGAAUUUUUGUAUCCUCCUCGAGCGGUCGCUCAUGUAUACUUUGCUCUAA